AUGGUUAUUUCUUCAGUAUACAACUAUUUCUUUUCAAGAUCUACAAAUACAUCUCCUGUUCAUCAAGAUCAUCAUCAUAAUUUCUCUACAUAUAAUAGACCUACUGAUUAUAAUUCUUUUCAUCCUAAUUUAAAACCAGUUUUACAACAACUAGAUGCUAUAAGUCCAAGAUUUAUUGUUAAUGCUAAUGAUAUUACUAUAUUAAAUGAUCCAAAAGUAUUUUAUCAAACUUUAUGUAAAAAGAUUUCUCAAGCAAAAUCAAGAGUAUUCUUAACAAGUUUAUAUAUUGGAAAAACUCAAUAUGAAUUAAUUGAAAUUAUAGAUAAAGCAUUGACUGCUAAUGAAGAUUUAAAAAUAGAUAUCUUAACUGAUGCUUUAAGAGGUACAAGAGAAUCUCCUCAAGCUCCUUCUUCAGCUACUCUUUUACUUCCAUUAAUUGAAAAAUUUGGUAAUCAUAGAAUUAAUAUUAGAAUGUAUCAUACUCCUCAUUUAGCAGGUUUUGUUAAAUCAAUAACUCCAAAACGUAUUAAUGAAGGUUGGGGUUUACAACAUAUGAAACUUUAUGGUUUUGAUAAUGAAAUCAUUCUUAGUGGUGCCAAUUUAUCAAAUGAUUAUUUUAAUGAUAGACAAGACAGAUAUUAUAUAUUUAAUGAUAAAAAUUUAACUGAUUAUUAUUAUAAAAUUCAAGCUGCUAUUCAAUCAAUUAGUUAUCAAAUUUUACCAUCUUCAAAAUUACCAGCUGGUUUUAGAUUAUCUUGGCCAACAUCAAAUAAAUCUUGUGAACCUCAUCUUAAUUUACAUCGUUUCAUUCAAGAUUCAUCACAUUUAUUAGAUCCAUUAUUAAAAACUAAUGGACAAUCUCAAACUACUUCAUCAGAAAUUCCAUCAAAUUUCGAUACUGUUGUAUACCCUAUUAGUCAAUUUACACCAUUAUUUCCUGAUCAAAAUGAUAGAUCUACUGAAAAACCAGCCAUUCUUAGAUUAUUAUCAUAUCUUGAUUCAAGUUCAAAUAUAAAAUGGUGGUUCACCGCUGGUUAUUUCAAUAUGUUACCUCAGAUUCAAGAUAAAUUACUUAAUUCCAAGAAUUCUAAAGGUGUUGUAAUAACCGCAUCUCCAAAGGCUAACUCCUUUUAUAAAUCUUCAGGAAUUUCUUAUUAUUUACCCCAAGCUUAUCUUUUAUUUGCCAAAAGAUUCUUAGAACAAAUCCAGAAGUUGAAUAAACAAGACUUUGUCAGUGUAUUUGAAUGGGAAAAUGGAAUUGUUAAUACUCCAAAUGGUUGGUCAUAUCAUGCUAAAGGUAUUUGGAUUACUACUCCUAAUGAAGAUCAUCCUUCCAUGACAAUUAUUGGUUCUUCAAAUUAUACAAAGAGAGCAUAUUCAUUAGAUUUAGAAAGUAAUGCUAUCAUUGUAACUAGAAAUGCUGAAUUAAAAUCAAAAAUGAGACAUGAAAUUGAUCAUUUAAUGGAACAUGCUAAACCAUUAAAUUUAAGUGAUUUCCAUCCUAAACCUGUCAAUGAUAAACAAGAAGAACUUCCUGAAAAAGCAAAUAAAGAAUCAUCACCUCCAGUUUAUGAAAUUGAUGAAGAUAAGAAGAUUGGAUAUGGAGUCCAUUUAGCAGUAAAACUUUUAGGUGGAAAAUUAUAA